AUGGUCCUCAUUGGAAUCAUGCCCGCGUUCACUUUUGCCCUCGGCACCUGGCAACUAAAACGACUCAAAUGGAAGAUAAAUCUCAUUGACGAAUUAGAGGAAAAGUUAGAACUACAACCCCUGGCUCUUCCUUCUAAGAUCAAUCUUUCAGUGAUACCUGAGUUUGUCUUCCGAAGGGUGGCCCUCAAGGGAAGAUGGGAUCACGCCCAUACUAUGCUGCUAUCGCCUCGAGUGCGAGAAGGCGUCCACGGCGUCCAUGUAGUGACUCCACUCGUCCGGGAGAAUGGAUCUACAGUCCUCGUCGAUCGAGGGUUUGUCUCGAAGGAUUUUGUCGCUUCCCUGGAUUCGAAACGUGAAGAAGGCGAAGUCGAAGUGCUGGGGAUGCUUCGAACCUCUCAAUAUCGAAACCGAUUUACACCUGACAAUGAUCCUGAUAAUGGAAUGUGGUAUUGGGUUGACGUCGAAGGAAUGGCCAAUUAUGCCGGCGGGGAGGAGGCAAGAGUCCAGCCCGUAUUCAUUGAACAAAUUUUCGAGGGACACGCGGGAGAGGCAAAUACUAGGCUCGAGAAGGGUAUUCCAAUUGGUCGUGCCCCUACCGUCGACCUGCGGAAUUCGCACCUUUCCUAUGUAAUCACUUGGUACGCACUGUCUGGACUUACUGCCUUCAUGUUUUGGCGGGUUCUCAAGAAUAAGCAAAAGUCACCUGGGCGUCGCAUGCCGCGUUUCGGAUGA